AUGACUGAAAAUAAUUUAUUUCAGUUAGCUCAACUAGUAACUGAAUUACCUAUACUCAUGAAUCAGCAACAAAAUCAAGAUAACUCAUCAUCAUCUUCAUCAUCUUAUUCUUUAGUCGCCAAUUUAUACCCUAAUAGUGUUCAACAAUCUUUAGCGAUUAGAAAGAAUGCUUGUAUUGUAUGUGCAGUUUGUUUUACUUGUUCAGGCUAUUAUGGUAUGAAUUGUAAAUGCUCUGAAAUACAGCCAAGGCGUGGUAAGAAUCUACCAGAGGGAGGACUUGAUUCAAGAGCAAAAAAAUUAUCUUCAAAUGAUAAGGACGAUUAUGAAUUUACGCUUCAGUGGUUAAAUGAGUAUGCACAUGAAAUUUAUAGAGAUAAACAUCAUCAAAUUAUUAAAUUGCCCGAGUUAAAAGAAGUAUCUCUUUGUAAGGCACAUUCUAGCGCACUAUAUCGUGCCAAAAAAAAGUUCCAACGAAAUAUGAUGAUAGAUCAAACUCAGGCACCGCCUUCUCCGGCUGAUAGUAGCAGUACAGUAAUGAUGGAAGAUGUAAGAAUGUCUUCAUCAUUAUUACUUCCACAGCCUCCUCCUCCUCCUUCUUCUUCUUCUUCUUCUUCUUCAAUAGUGAAUGGAGGGGCAUUGGCUGCAAAAAUACGAGAAGUAUCCUCACAAUAUACUACAUUAUCAGCAGACCAACCAUCAUCGGCUGAUUUUUCUACUGCAAUAACUGCUUCUACGUCAACGAAAAGAAGACGUACAGUUACAAAAAAUAUUAUGUUUAAUAAUAAGCCUAAUUCAAGUGCAUCAACUCCAUUACUCUAUUCGUCUAAUAAUAAUGAUUGUUUUCAACAUUCACCACAAAAUCAUCCGCUAUUAUCUCGGCAAUUCACGCCUAAAAUCAAACAUAGUUUGGUAUUACAACAGCAGCAAUUACCUCCAUUACAUGUACGUACAUUCUCAUCUAAUAAUACUCAAUAUGCACCUAAUUUAUUAACAUCACCAACAAGGACUGCUGCAUCGUCUCCUUUUAUACCAAUAUCAUCAUCGUCGUCAUCACCAUUCUUACAAAAUAAUACAGCCAAAGUGAUAGAAACAGUAUCUUUAAAGGGAUCACCUUCAUUAAACCCUAAUUACUACAAAGAGGGUGAUAUUUAUUACAUAAGAAACUUGGCUAUUACAGAUACUUUUACAUUUCAAGAUUUGCUGUCAGAAAUCGAUUUUGCAGGUUCUCCUCCUCCAGGUAAAAAAGUUAUUAUAUCUGAUUUAAAAAGGGAGAGAAUAUUUCCUUUAAGACAAGCAAUUCGAAGUGUUUUUAGAUACCCAAAAGAUACACAUGUUGAAUUUUAUUUGGAUCUUUCUGAAAAGCCUUCAAUUGAUUGGAAUAAUUAUAAAUAG